AUGAAGGCUCAGUAAGAGUAUGAAGAGAGAAUCAGAUAGGAAGAAAUGUAUGCAAGAGCAAAAGAUUAAUAAUAUAAGGAGUUUGCACAAAGAUAUUACAAUGAAAAUAAAAGAAAAACAUUUUAUUCACAUUAGGAAAAGUAGGCAUAUGAAGCAUUCGUUCGACAAAGAGAGUUUGAAGAAUCUAUCAAAGAAAAGAUUCAAGAUUUUAAAUAAAAGGGACAAUAAGUUAUGGGUGGAUUUUAAAAUAUUUCUAAGAACUUAGGUGAUAUAAAAGAAAAUUUAGGCUCUAUUUGGAAUACUAUUAAAGGAAAAAAUAGAUGA